CUUGUCUUUUCCGAAUUCCUGCAGUUGCUUUUCCUCCGUUUUCCCAAGCUCUCCAUCUUUCGACCAAGACAGGAUGCCUCAGAUUAUGAAGGAGUAUGACGCAAUCAUGUUCGACAUGGACGGCACACUUAUCGACUCCACGGCCGGCGUUCAGGGUGCAUGGCGCGUCUUUGCGACCAAGUAUCCAGGGUUGGACGUCCCUUACAUCCUUGAUCACGUCCACGGUGUCCGCACCACGGAGAGCCUCCGCCGGUUCUGCGGUAUCGAGGACCCCGCAACGCUCGAGUCGGAAGCUGCUCGCUUCGAGCAGGCGGUGCUCGACACGCCCAAGGAGGACGGUUCGCCCGGCACCGUGUGCCUCCCGAGUGUGGGGAGGAUCAUGAGCGCACUUUUAGCUCAUGAAGACACAUCUACAAAUCCCCUCUGGGCUAUCUGCACCUCUGCAACGCGGCAUUACGCCACGACCGCUCUCGGACAGGCCGGCAUCCGGCUCCCAAAGAUCCUCACGACGGCCGAAGACGUCACCCAGGGCAAGCCUUCGCCGGUACCCUACAUCCAGUGCGCCCAAAAACUCGGCAUCACCGAUGAGGCGGGGAGAUCCAGAUGCCUUGUGAUGGAGGAUGCGCCCUCUGGGAUCCGCAGCGGUCUGGCAGCCGGGUGCGACGUCCUCGCCGUGUGCACAUCGCACGAGAGGGAGCAGAUCGAGUCGCUUAACUCGACUUAUCUGGUCAAAAACUUAGACGCCGUGCAGGUGUCUGUCAAUGAUGCCGGAAAGGUGGUCGUCGUGAUCAGCACUGACGCUUAGAGUUCGAUUGUUCCACGGUAAUAUAUAGCGCUGUAUUUUACAUGAAGAUAGAAAAGAUGACAAAACAUG